CACUUCUCUGUCACUUCCGAGUCCUGACGUCAUUAUCUCCUUCUUCUACCACAAAAGUUAGGGUUUAUACUUUCUUCAAAGCUGUCCCCGCUCUUUGCUCGUAUACAAUCAGAAAUGGUGGACGAUUCAAAAACGACAACCAGCCCUGAUGUGAAUAGCAAACGUGAAGCCGAGUUACCCGAGUUAGUCUCAGCCUCGAAAAAGCCCAGAACUUUAGCAGAAGAGAAACAGACUUCGGAGGCCAAUAAUAAUAGUAACAAUGUUAGUAGUAACGAAAACGCUGAUUCAUCACAGGAGAAUGAACAUAAAGACAAGAAUGUUGAAGAAAGGAGGUUGUCUUUUGCUGUAGAAGCUGAUGCAGCUGAAGAUAAAGGUUCGAGGCAUACUAUGGAAGAUGCUUGGGUUGUUCUUCAGGAUGCCAGCUUGGAUUUUCCUGGGAAACUAAGGUGUGCCCAUUUUGCGAUAUAUGAUGGACAUGGAGGUCGACUAGCGGCGGAAUAUGCGAAGAAGAAUUUACAUAGAAAUGUUCUUUCAGCUGGCUUACCACGUGAGUUGUUGGAUGUUAAAGCUGCGAAGAAAGCAAUACUUGAAGGGUUUCGAAAAACUGACGAGUCUCUUCUUCAAGAAAGCACUGCAGGAGGAUGGCAAGAUGGUGCUACAGCCGUAUGCGUUUGGGUCUUAGGCCAAACAGUGUUUGUUGCUAAUAUUGGCGAUGCAAAGGCAGUGAUAGCCCGAUCAACUGUUGUGGAUGGAUCGCAACACAACUCUACAACUACAGACUCAUUAAAGGCCAUUGUGUUGACCAGGGAACAUAAAGCCAUAUACCCACAAGAACGAGCACGCAUCCAAAAGGCUGGCGGUACUGUAAGUUCAAAUGGACGUCUACAAGGGCGACUUGAAGUUUCUAGAGCUUUUGGAGAUCGGCAAUUCAAGAAGGUUGGUGUGGUUGCAACCCCUGAUAUUCAUUCAUUUGACCUUACAGAGAGAGACCACUUCAUCAUUCUUGGAUGUGAUGGCUUGUGGGGAGUAUUUGGACCUAGUGAUGCUGUUGAAUUUGUCCGCAAGUUGUUACAGGAUGGUUUACCUGUUGCAGUGGUGAGCCGCCACCUAGUUCGUGAAGCAGUCCGUGAGCGCCGGUGCAAAGACAAUUGCACUGCAAUUGUUAUCGUUUUUAGGAAAAAUUAGCUAGCUAUAACUGUUAGAAAUGUGCAACUGAGGUGCUACUUGUAGAGGAGUAGUUCUGUCCUCUUUGCUCAGCUCAGUUUGACAACAUAGCUUUUUUCUGUUUUUUCCUUGAUCUUGUACUGUAAGCAUGGUUGUACGAUAUCUUUCUGUUUAAUGUGCCAUUCCAUUGAGAAGGGGAAAACUUUGCCUGUGAGA